UAAGUCAGUCUUAUGCUUAUCAAUACAAUAGAUGGCCAUACAGUUAGCUUGAAUAGCACACUAGCGCUAAUGACCAUUGACAAAAAAAGGUACAAAUGUUACCACAAAAGGGACAAAAAUGGAAUGAAAACAAAAUUCAAACUACAAAAUACAAAUGAAGAAAAAUUAAACUGCCAAAGUUAUUAAUAGAGUAUAAUUCUACCUGUCUUGGAUUCAAAUCACAGAACUAGCUCACAGGACGCCAUCUUGUGUAGCACAACGUUAAAGUUCAUUCAUUCAUUUUCUACCGCUUAUCCUCACAAGGGUCACGGGGGGUGCUGGAGCCUAUCCCAGCUGUUUUCGGGCGAGAGGCAGGGUGCACCCUGGACUGGUGGCCAGCCAAUCACAGGGCACAUAUAGACAAACAACCAUUCACACUCACAUUCAUACCUAUGGACAAUUUGGAGUCGGCAAUUAACCUAGCAUGUUUUUGGAAUGUGGGAGGAAACCCACGCAUGCACGGGGAUUCAACUCAGGUCUCCUAGCUGUGAGGUCUGCAUGCUAACCACUCGACCGCCGUGCAACCGAAAGUGAAAGUGAUCAGUGGUCCUCGGUGCCGAUUGGGGAGGGAAGUGUACACCGACUGAGAUCUGUGCCGAAGCAGGAACCACAGUGAACCUUCAUUGCUACUUCACCUACCCGGCCACGCAAAAUGAGCGUGAGACAAAAGUUGAGAAAAGAGUGUGGUUCAUCAAAGGUCAAAAUAAUGACCCUGAAGAUCUGAUGUUGGACCCUGACUACUUUGGUCGUUUGCAAUCUGACUGCCAUGACGACAACUGCAGUUUGACCAUCGCCGACUUGAGACAGAACGCCGUGGUCAAGUUCAGAUUCACAACUAACCAUCCCAGCAAAGGAGCCUUCACCAUCAAGACUGGAGUCAGGGUGUCAGUCAUUGCUUUCGAGGUACAAGUGCCCACGGAAGUUCAGUGGAAUUACCGGAAGGAUCUGAAGUGUCUGAGCACAUGCAGUCCCUGGCCUGAUUCUUCAUACAUCUGGUAUAAGAAUGGGAAGGAAAUCCCAAAUGCAAACUCCCAAGAUUACUCAGUAGCCCUGUCCUCCGAGGACAGUUAUUCCUGCGCAAAAGGAGGACAUGAGCAUGCUGCGUCUCCUCCAGAGUGUGUGUCUACCAGCCCAUGUCGCAAGGUGGUAUACGAGAAGAGACGCAUCUGUGCCCUGAAGGGCUCAAGGGUGGACAUUAUAUGCAAGUACGGUGGUACGUACAGCUACAGCCACAAAAAGUUCUGGUUCAGACCAGAUCGUAGUCACAUGUGGAAAACUCCCAGCAUACCCGAGGAUAUCACGUUGGAACCCCAGUACAAGAGUCGUCUGUCAUAUGUUGGAGGGGUGCUGACAAUCAAAAACGUGAAGAUGAAUGAUUCCGCUCAGUAUUGCUUCAAAUUCCAGGACAAUUCUUUUGAAUGGAAGAGUAUUUUACCUGGAAGUAUUUUGACAGUAACAGACGUGAAGGUGCGGGUGAUGGAAGCCAAAGUAGAACCAUCUUACAUUCUUGCACAGAUGUUGUGUUACACACACUGUCGUCCAGAACAACCUAUCUCUUUUGAGUGGCAGCGGAAUGGAGUGAAGUCUGUGGUCCAUGUUGGAUCGAAACUAGAAGUCUACUUAUAUCCUGGAGACUACGUCACCUGUACUGCAAAUGACGUUGAGUCCCCUCCCCUGUAUGCUCUGCACCAUCCCUUAGUGAAUCUGAGUAACGCUGCUGAGAUAUUGGAGGGACGUCCACUGAUUCUGACCUGUAACACCGACGUCUCAGCAUCAACAAAAUACUGCUGGUACAGGAAGAAGAGACAUUCAGAUGAUGAUGAAGUCCUCGGUGAAGACCCACAGCUGGUUUACAACUCCAUCAAGUCUUCAGACUCAGCAGAGUAUUGGUGUACUGUGGAGAACGAGUUGGGGAAGAAGACAUCGGAAGCCGUCCGCAUCAAUGUCCAAUAUGCUCCCAGAUCAUCCUCAUUGUUUGUGAAUCCUUCUCACGUCAUCAAGGAGGGACAGUUGGUGAUACUGACCUGCAGCAGCGAUGCCAACCCAGCUGCUAGCUACAUCUGGUACAAGGACAACCGAAUUCUGCCCCAAAAAUCUCAAAAACAUUACUUGAGGUCCAUCCGCCCUGAAGAUGCCGGAACGUUCUCCUGCCAGUCUGAGAAUAAAUAUGGACUUGUCAACUCUUCAUCGGUUUUCAUAGACGUGCAGUAUGCUCCUAAGGUUUGCAUGAUCUCAGUGGGACCCUCCAGUGAAGUACGCAAGGGUGCUUCAGUCAGUAUGAAUUGUAGCAGCGAUGCCAACCCAGAGGCAAACUACAAGUGGUUCAAGACCAAUGACGACUUGAACGUAGCAUCUGAGAGUAGCAUCACCUUCACCAACAUCCAAACCAGCGCCAGUGGCGAGUACCACUGCGUGGCUUCCAACGGUAGAGGGCGCUGUAAUGCAACAGUGUUGCUCCAAGUGGAGACUGGUCCCAUGACGGUGGCAGCUUAUGGCAGCUUAGUCGCCGUCGUUGUUCUGGUGGUCCUGGCUCUCGCUGUGUUCCUGGUGUUGAGGAAAAAGAGGCCAUCAAACAGAGAGACUGCAGAUUCCAAAGCACAGUCCGACCGGGGUCCAGAUUGCGGCAACACUUCAAACAAGGAGCAGGAAGACCUGGUUUAUUCCAAGGUCAGCUUCACCAAAUCCCCUGACGGUGCCAUCUACUCCAACGUCACGCCUGCUCCCCGCAAACGCUUUGUGGAGGAGGUCGACUGUGUGGAGUACGCCAUGGUUAAAAGUGAUGGCCGCGUCUCAGGGCUGAAGCCUGAAGAGGGCGCUGAUGUACGUGAGCUGUACAGCACAGUCCAGAAACACCACAACUGAUGAUGACCGCCAGUGUCGCGGGGAUGGAGACCUCCACGCCACCAUGACGCAAACAUGAGACGUGCUGGACUUUUUGGCGCGACUUUACAACUUUUAAGCUUAGAUAAGAAAAAAAACAUUUAUCAUGGA